UCAAGAAAGUUUUUUUUUUAUAUAAAAAUGAUUCAAGAGUUAUUUGGUGGAGGUGCUGCUAGUCUUCUAAAUAACGGAGACCAAAAUCUUCCCAUUUCUGGUAGUGUCUUUGAACCUUCAUCACCUUCUCCUUCACCGUCUUCUUCCGCCAACACAACCACCACCACCACCAACGCGACAAACGCCACUAUCCCGGCGACUCCGGACAUCCAAAAACUACGAUGUCCACGAUGCGAUUCUUCAAACACAAAGUUUUGUUACUACAACAACUACAACCUCACUCAACCUCGCCAUUUCUGCAAGACGUGUAGGCGUUAUUGGACUAAAGGUGGCGCUCUUCGUAACGUCCCAAUUGGCGGUGGAUGUCGAAAAAACAAAGGGUCCACCAUAACCUCAGUUGUUGGAAAACCACUCAUCUCUUCAAAUUGCAAACUGAAAGCAGUUGUGUCAUCUGAGUUAGCUGCAGGAAGGUCUAGUAGUUUUGAUCAUGAAUUAUUCAAUAUGAAUAAUCCAAACCACAACAACCCAAUUCUAUGGUCCGGUGGGCCACCACAAACAUCUCAUCUACUUUCAUUACUAAGAGCCACCACACAAAACCCUAACCCUAAUAAUUUUGCAUCAACAACCCACAUGAAAGAUCAUCAUCAUCAAGGAUUUAUGGUUGGAUCAAACAUUAUUAUGGGUAAUAAUAAUAACCUAGGGUUUGAGCCAUUAGGUCACCAAGCAUCAUCAUUAGGCCUUUGUAGCUCUUUAUGGAGCAGUAGAAACAAUCUUCAACAAGCCAACCAACAACAACAAUUAGGGAAUAAUAAUAUCAUGACUAGUAGUGAUGAUCAUGAAAACACCGAAAACAAUAAUCGGUAUCAAAGGAUUAGAACAAAUUAUUAUAAUCAUGAUCAAACUACUAAUACACCAUUAUUGGUUUUGGGUGGCAAUGUGGUCAAUACUUCUUCUUCUUCUUCUUCAACUAAUAUUACUAUCUUGGAUUCGGCUCCAGUUCAUCUAGCAAGUGGCGAGCAGCAGCAGCUUGGGUUUUGGAACCAAUCACUUCCAUGGUCCGAUCUACCCGCGGCUAAUGGUGCAUAUCCUUAAUUAAGUUAAGAAUAUAUCCUCUUCUUUUCAUUUCUUUUCUUUUCUUUUUUUGUUAAUUUAUAGUUAAGAACUCGAUCAGUUUUAGGGUUUGUGGUUAAUUACGUCAAUUUGUAGUCAUUUGGGGUGUGGUAUAUGAAUAUGGUUUGUUAAUUAUUA